CACAUGGUCAGAAUCGAUCCACAGCUCAAUCACCUCAUAUGUAUGUCUGCUAGGUGGAGUUGGAGGUACUCCCCCAAAUCGUGAGUAGUGAAGCCAGACAAUUACUACCUCCCAAAUCAUCACAGUGACAGGGGAACAUUCAACAUAUUUCUUUAAUUCUAUGCUACUAGGGCGACGUGACCAGUUGUGGGGCCACCUGUAAGUUCGUCUUAAUACAUCAGCUAUAAACCACUUAAUUUUUGGAACAAAUUAACACCACAGCCAAAGAGAUUGUUUUACAACAUUUAAUCAUCUGUGUACAUAUACGUAAGAGACCAACUCAGCAAAAAAAAAAAAAAGGCACAGGACCAGGGAAGAAAACUUUCAAUCACAAUUUAACGCAGUACCCAUACCGGAGCAAAACAUCAUAAUGAUUAUCAUGCACUUGCACUGAUGUGAUCGUGUAAAAUUUUAAUUCACACACUCUCAAUAAAUGUAACCGCUUUGGUCAUAGUCUGGAGCCCCGUAGUAUUCUGCAUGGUUGGCCUUUUUUUGGUGAUACUUGGUAAAUAUGCCACUAGAUUUUAUUUUUUAAGGCUUUAAAUAAGCAUUCAUUCAUAUAUCGAAGGACUAUGCACUGCCAUCAUUUGGGUGCAUUAUAUUGGGUUUGUGACAUUAUUAAUGGUUCUGUCCACAGAGUGAGUUCUGUGGUGACAAACCCAAAUCUGGAGCCAAAUACGGACUCCCGGAGCACCUGGUCAUCUUGUCGGAGAUGGGAGAGGUGACUGAUGGAAUGCUGGACACUAAGAUGGUUCACUUUCUGGCCAACAACGCAGACAAAAUCGAGUCUGUCCAUUUCUCAGAUCAGUUCUCCGGUGCCAAGCUCGUACAGGAGGAGGGUCAACCUUUAAAGAUGCCAGAGUCAAGAAAGACACUACUUUUUACAUUCAAUGUUCCUGGCAUGGGAAACGUGUCCCCCAGAGACAUGGAGUCUCUGUUUCCCCUCAUGGACAUGGUCAUCUACAGCAUCGACAAAGUCAAAAAGUUCCGCCUCAACAGGGAGGGUAAGCAGAAGGCCGAGAAGAACAGGGCUCGUGUGGAGGAGAACUUCCUGAAACUGACACACACUCAGCGUCAGGAGGCUGCCCAGACACGCCGUGAGGAAAAGAAGCGUGCUGAGAAGGAGCGUAUCAUGAAUGAGGAGGAUCCAGACAGACAGCGCCGCCUGGAGGUGCAUCUGCCACUUCUUACCCUGCUGUUUUCAUGUGGGCUUCAGGAUUGACCAAUGAGACUUCUCAAUGCCAGCCUGGCAGCAAGCUCAGUACUCUCACCUCCGAUAUUUCAGUGUCCUUACCCUACCUGGGCGCAAUCCUGCACCUGUCUUAGUAGCGACACACUGGAGUCUUUUAUCACACAAUUUCAUUAGUGUUUAUUAGGGAUGCACAGAUGCAUUGUGAUGAAUAGAUUCAAGUGGUGAUUCAGCUCCAUAAUCUGUCACAUUACAAUCAGUUAUAAACUAUUUUGGGGGGCAAAAUCCACCUUUUAAGAUACUCUUACUUCCAGGUUGCAUGCUGUCACGCUCAUGUCCUACAAGUAGGUUCUCAAAGUAGCAGCACUAGCAUGAGAACUUCCAAAAAGUGUAUGAUAGCUUGGGAAGGCCCAAUAAUAUUCAUAACGGAAGCAUUACCUGAUCUCUGCUCUACGACACUUUUGGGAAACUCGCACAUGUUAUGUGGUACAGAACGUUGUCUGGUUGAUAUUUGUUCUACAAUGCUUUUGGGAAACAGUUGUUUUUGCUAGCUACAGUCAAGAUACUGACGUAGCUAAUUGCUACCUUAGUAAAAAGUUAUUGUUAACCAAUAUCAUGCAUCUUGAGGGCUAACAUAUUGGUAUAGGUUGAAAAAUCAAGUUAUCGAUCUAUCACUUAUCGGUAUUCAAAGAUAGCAGCACCUGAGCUAAAGACACAGCUACUAAAAUAAUGGAGAUUGGACAAUCCGUCAUUUUUCAUUGUGGAAUUUGGCUCAUUCAUUACUUGGGUCUCAAAGUAGCAGUCAUAAUUUAUUUCUACGGCUGCACAAUAUCACCUCACGAUUAUAUUGCGCAUGUGUAAAAAUCACCAGAACUUUAGGUGCCUAAUGUAAACAUUUUCCUGGAUGCCGGCUUCUUGGUGCUAUACGAACAUUUACUUACACCCACAAUUUGGUAAGCAGGUUAGUAAUUUGGUUAAAAUAUUGAGAGGUGUAUUGAUGCCCAACAGCUGGCCUCUGGACAAAUAUUUACCCGUCAUCGCGGGGCUCAGCGUGGACUGAGGACACCCUACUUGUAAACAUGAGGCUCCCUGUGUGCUGAUUAUGGGGAGGGUGUCAUCAACGCACGGCAAGCCCCAUGUUUACAGGGAGGGUGUCAUCAAGGCACGGCAAGCCCCAUGUUUACGGGGAGGGUGUCAUCAGCGCAUGGCAAGCCCCAUGUUUACAGGGAGGGUGUCAUCAGCGCAUGGCAAGCCCCAUGUUUACAGGGAGGGUGUCAUCAACGCACGGCAAGCCCCAUGUUUACAGGGAGGGUGUCAUCAACGCACGGCAAGCCCCA